AUGGACGAUGACGGGCGCUACCGAGAUGGCCGCUCAGACUUCAUCCGCGGCGCCAAAGACAUUGCCAAAGUUGCCAAGAAGCAGGUUGGCAAAAAGGUAGGCCGUGGAGUGGACAAGAUGGCAGACGAAUAUGUCAAACGCUCCUACAAGCGCUUCGAGGAGGAAGACGACGACGACGAUUAUGCAGGUGUGCCAAGCAACGACGGGGGAUAUUAUCGAAAUGACAGCCGAGCCAACGAUGACGAAGGCCACAGCGAUUCCACCGAAGGGCAUGAUGAGGAUGAUGAGAUCUAUGAGGGGGAGUACCAGGGCAUUCCAAGGGCAGACUCUGGGAAAACUGGCGGCAUGGAUGGGAUGGGGGUCGCUGAGGCGCAGCAGUUCAGGGACCUCUCAGCCUUUGAGGGGGAGGUGAGGAAGGAUCGCGAGGAGUUGGCCCAGCAGUACGAGACCAUCCUUCAGGAGUGCGGCCAUGGGAAGUUCCAGUGGACGCUCUACUUUGUUCUGGGACUGGCGCUGAUGGCGGAUGGUGUGGAGAUCUUUGUGGUCGGCUUUGUGCUUCCCAGUGCGGAGAAGGACAUGUGCCUGUCAGAGCCAAACAAAGGCAUGCUGGGUUUAAUCGUGUACCUGGGGAUGAUGGUUGGAGCCUUCGUCUGGGGCGGCCUGGCUGAUCGGAUCGGUCGGAGACAGACGCUCCUCAUUUCGCUCUCUAUAAACAGCGUGUUCGCCUUCUUCUCAUCCUUCGUCCAGGGCUACAGCUCCUUCCUUUUCUGCCGUUUGGCCUCUGGUGUUGGCAUCGGUGGCUCCAUCCCCAUCGUCUUUUCUUAUUACUCGGAGUUUCUCGCCCAAGAGAAGCGUGGCGAGCACCUGAGCUGGCUCUGCAUGUUCUGGAUGAUCGGUGGGAUCUACGCCUCCGCCAUGGCCUGGGCCAUUAUCCCACACUAUGGCUGGAGUUUUCAGAUGGGCUCAGCCUACCAGUUCCACAGCUGGAGAGUCUUUGUGCUGGUGUGUGCUUUCCCGUCUGUGGCCGCCAUCUCUGCACUCAGCACCAUGCCUGAGAGCCCACGCUUCUACCUGGAGAACGGGAAGCAUGAUGAGGCUUGGAUGAUUCUGAAGCAGGUCCACGACACCAACAUGAGGGCCAAAGGUUACCCAGAAAGAGUUUUCUCUGUGACCACCAUUAAAACGGUGAAACAGUUUGAUGAGCUGAUGAACAUGAGUGAUACCGCUGCCUGGCAUCAGAAAUGGAGGUUAAAACUGGCCGCAGUUUUUCACCAGGUGUGGAAUAAUUUCCAAACCAUUUUCUCCCCUGAGUACCGUCGGACCACCUACAUGAUGAUGGCCGUGUGGUUUUCUAUGUCUUUCAGUUACUACGGAUUGACUGUUUGGUUCCCAGACAUGAUCAAGUACCUGCAGAAGCAGGAGUAUGCCUCACGCACCAAAGUUUUCGUCAAGGAGAGAGUAGAACAUGUGACCUUUAACUUCACACUGGAGAACCAGGUCCACCGUCAGGGGCAGUACUUUAAUGACAAGUUUAUGAAUAUGAAAUUGAGAUCUAUGGUGUUUGAAGAUUCGCUUUUUGAAGAGUGUUUUUUUGAGGAUAUCACUUCCAGCAACACUUUUUUCAAAAACUGCACGUUUAUUUCCACCCUCUUUUACAACACUGAUCUUUUCAAAUACCGUCUGAUCAACUCUAAGCUCAUAAACAGCACUUUCCUGCACAACAAAGAAGGCUGCCUGCUCAGUGACAUCAGUGAUGAAAAUAACGCCUACAUGGUCUACUUCGUCAGCUUCCUGGGUACCUUGGCAGUGUUGCCAGGUAACAUCGUCUCUGCGCUCCUCAUGGACAAGAUUGGACGUUUGAGGAUGCUAGCCGGCUCCAGCGUCAUCUCUUGCGUCAGCUGUUUCUUCCUGUCUUUCGGCAACAGCGAGUCAGCCAUGAUCGCUCUGUACUGCCUGUUUGGUGGGAUCAGCAUUGCCUCCUGGAACUCCCUGGACGUGCUGACCGUUGAGCUCUACCCGUCUCAUAAGAGAACCACAGCGUUUGGCUUCCUCAACGCUCUGUGUAAACUGGCGGCCGUGCUGGGCAUAAGCAUCUUCACUUCAUUCGUUGGCAUAACCAAGGCCGUACCGAUCCUGUUUGCCUCGGGCGCGCUGGCAGCAGGCAGCUUUCUCGCCCUCAAACUACCAGAGACGCGGGGACAGGUCCUGCAAUAGUGUGGCACCAAGAGCUCUGCAAAGGGCAGCAGAGUUCAAGCCACACUGUGAAGAAAACAGCGACAAAGUCCAUCGAAUCCUGCCCUUUGAACCCCCCCCCACUCACCUACAUCCACAACUAAACAGUCAACUACAACAUGAGUGUGUUGAGGUACAUUUGGCCAUGAGAGUAAUCCUCCCUUAUAACGGUUUGUGAUGUUGCUGCAUCCCGAUAAUCCAGAAUAAAAGAUGUUUGCAUAAAUCUGGACACUAAACAAAAAACCAACAUAGAUGUAACUUCAUUACUUUUCCCCCCUUAGUAUAAAAAAAAACUAAACAUCCAGGGUUGGAGGUCAGUGAGCAACUGAAACAGACUUAUAGAAAUGACCACUAGCCAUUAUUGCAGAGUUGUCUGCCCUCACCUUUGUUCUCUUGAGCAAGAUCAACUCACCUUUGAAGUUGUGAGUUCUUCAUCCUUGUUGGACAUCUUCUCAAAAAUGCAAUUUCUGCCUUGAUUGGAAGCAUUUUUGAUUCUGCGGGGUAACACCAGGACGUCUUUGUCUUGGCCUUCCUUACUCUGUUCCUCCUGAGGUCUUGUGUUGGUGUCUAGACUAACUGCCAUUUUGUAGAUAAUAGAACAUUCCGGGUUUGCUUUUGUUAUCGUGACAAAUCUGAGAUGAAUCCCCCUCCCUUUAUGGCAUCACGUUUGAUCGCACAAAACCAGGGGAUACGAUCCAGAUAUCCAUUCGUCAUGAGGACAUUUUCCCAAGGAAAAUGUUUAGAUUCUCCCAGUUGAUCUUUAUUCCUGUCCAGCUGUAUAUCCCCUUGUGAGAACUGCCUUUUCCCCCCUUCACCUUUACAAUUAUACGGGAUGUUUGUCUUUGAGUUGUUGCGGAGGGUGUUAUGCAUGUCACAAAGUAUGAACUGUACGUAAACUUUAAAAUCAAGACUGUAACGUGUAAACAGAAAUUUACUACAUUCGUUCUCCAUCAAACUUAUGUAGUAUUUUUAACAGGACAUGUUUUUUUUUUAUUAUUAUUAUAGUCUUAACAAACCUUUCCCAGAUAAUUUUAGAGCACACUGCACAAAAUGUGGUUACCUUGAAAUGUAUGAAAGAUAUAGAGUGAUGAGAAGACUCAUAUUUAGGUUGUUUUGGUGCAGCCAUAUUUAGUGUUCUCCGAGAAUUAAAUGUUUAUAUUAUCGUGGGUCAUCUUAGUGAUCGGAAUAUUGGACCUUGGUGCAAGAGAGAGAAUUUUAUGUUAAUUUAUUGAAGGGAUCCAUGAUUAGUUAAACAUUUUGGCCUAAAUAAGUUAACUAAUUUUCCUAUCAACUUCAAAAUCAUUGUUUAUAUUUUGUAAACAAAACUCAUUAAUACUUCAAAAAUUAUUUAUCCAAUGUUAUGGUUUUUACCCCAUGUUUUUUACGUGUGCAAUGCAUCCUGGGUAAAUGAGUUAGGUCUCG